AUGCCUAACUUACUCCUCGAUUUACAGAUUGUUGCCACUCUACUCCUGAUCCUGGAGGAAGAGGAUACUUUCUGGCAAAUGUGCUGUCUUCUUGAAGACCUACUACCAGCUUCGUACUAUUCUUCUGCUUCACUCCUCGGAGUCCAAGCAGAUCAACGCGUUCUGCUGCACUUGCUGCCGCUACACUUGCCUCGGUUGCACGCAUUAUUCCAGGAGCAUAAUGUCGGUCAGUUUUGA